AUGUCCAUUCCAAACUUAUUAACUCAAACUAGAGGAUUCAAAGUUAGAACUUCAGUCAAGAAGUUCUGUAAAGAUUGUUAUAUGGUUAGAAGAAAGGGAAGAGUGUAUGUCUACUGUAAGUCUAACGGUAAGCAUAAGCAAAGACAAGGUUAG